AUGGGACUUGACGACAUCGACGAAUGCGAUCCGCCGUUCGAGAAAAACACCACGUGUCCGCAGGUGUUGCUCUCUGGGGGAGGGCCGGGCAAAGCCGUCGUCACCGGUACUGUCGUCGGCAAAAGUAGCAACAUGAACCACAACAGUGCUGUCCAACAGGCGCCGGUGGACUUGGGUGAUUUAUUUAGUGACCUGGCUCUCUUAAGUAGCACGCCAGCAGUUCAGGCAGGAGGCGGUGUCUCGAAUACGCACCACCCAAAGCCGGAGAUGCAAUGGCCCUCGGCUGCUCCCGCGACCCAACAACAGCAGAAGAAAGAUGAUUUUCAAUUUAGCGAUCCUUUGGAUGCCUUCUUUACUGCGCCAACCUCUGCUGCGCUCCCCAACGCCGCAGUAUCGGCACAAGAAAGGGCCCAGUCUGACGAUAUCUUCGACUUCUCCAAACCGGCUGUGCGCACACGUCACGCGGACGAGCGCACCUUCCUUGAGGCUUUUGAAAAACAGGGAAAGGGCCUGCGAGACGAGACGCGCGACGGGCCGUCUCUCGCCGAUCUCAGCAAAGGUUCCUCCGACAAUAGGGUGAAAGCACGUCUACUGAAGCUGAUGAACUACUACGAUGUACUGGGCGUCACACGUGAGGCCACUGAGGAGCAGAUACGGCAACAAUAUAAAAAGAAGGCACUGGAGCUUCAUCCUGACCGUGUGGGCCGGGACCAGACGCCAGAGGAGGCCGAGCUCUUCAAGGUGAUGACAAAGGCCCACGAAAUAUUGUGCGACACGGAGGAGCGGACCAAAUAUGAUGCGGGGUUGAUGCGUUCCGGUGAGGGUGAAGGUUCCGAUGAGCAUUGGCUCUUUCACUUACGCCCGCAAUGA